CGGGGGUGCGGGGCUCAGAGCGCGCGGAGGAGCCGGAGCAUCACAGGCUGAUUAAAGAGACACCUGGAUCUCAGCAUGAGGCAGGACGGGUCCGUGCAGAUGGCUGCGGCGCAGAAGGAGAGCUCGGACCAGAACUUUGAUUACAUGUUCAAACUGCUGAUCAUCGGGAACAGCAGCGUGGGGAAAACCUCCUUCCUCUUCCGAUACGCUGACGACUCCUUCACCUCCGCCUUCGUCAGCACGGUGGGCAUCGAUUUCAAAGUCAAGACCGUGUACAAGAACGACAAGAGGAUCAAGCUGCAGAUAUGGGAUACAGCAGGUCAAGAGCGUUACAGGACCAUCACGACCGCCUACUACCGCGGCGCCAUGGGGUUCAUCCUCAUGUACGACAUCACCAACGAGGAGUCGUUUGGAGCCGUACAGGACUGGUCGACCCAGAUAAAGACGUACUCCUGGGAUAACGCUCAGGUCAUCCUGGCCGGGAAUAAGUGUGAUAUGGAGGAGGAGAGGGUGGUGUCUGUGGACAGCGGCCGGCUGCUGGCCGAACAGCUGGGCUUCGAGUUCUUCGAGACGAGCGCGAAGGACAACGUUAACGUUAAGCAGACGUUCGAGCGUCUGGUAGAUAUCAUCUGCGACAAGAUGUCCGAGAGUUUAGAGACUGACCCCACCGUUACCACGGGAACCCAGGGCAACGCCAGACUAACGGAUAACCCCCCGCCGUCACAACAACCCAACUGCGCCUGUUAGUGUCCUGCCUAGCGCACCGUAGCCCAGCGCGCACUAGUGUGUGUGUGUGUAUGUGUGUAUAUGUAUGUGUGUGUGUGUGUGUGUGUGUGUGGAACAUUAUCUCCUUCACAUUGAGGCAUUUAACCUUUAAACCUUGUGGACGACGACAGGUGGAACAAGCCACUUCUCAUUGGUCACAGAGAGCAUUAUAUAUGCAGUAUAUGAGUCACGUGAUCCUCUUAAGCUCCACCCCCUCCAGUACAAAACAUAACCGCUAUAGUAUAGUAUAGUUACAGGUGUGUUUCAGGUGUGAAUUGCCAAAAAAUGUUCUGUAAGCUCUGUAUAUAUUAAAAUAUUAAAAUUAAAGAUAAAAAAGUAAAUCUCUAGAUGCCAUAUUAGCGUAUUAGGUUUAUUUUAUUACAUUAUUACAAUUUUAUUAUUUUUAGAUUAGUACACAUCAGUAGUACCCGGCUUCUGGCACCUCUGUUCUACGUCCAGAUCCGUAUCGGGUUUUCUGACGUGCAGUGCCUGUCUGGUUAACAUUUUUUAAAUCAUUUUUGCUUUCUUUUUUACGCUCGUUUUUUAAUUUUUCUCUCUGUAAGGUGGAACAAAGUUCCACAUGCUUUUUAGACUUUUUUAUGUUAUUGCUUUCCUUAGCUUACAAAUAUUAAUUCAUAUUAUAUAUAUAUAUACACACCGCCCAACCCUAUUCAUACAUAUAUUUUUCUGCCUUCAACAAGCUAAACUAGAGCUAAACUCUAGCGGGAACAUUGGGAACACAUUUCAAAUCACUCACAUAUAUCUAGUAAUAUAUACAGUAUCAAUAAAUAUAAAUCUGUAUAUACCUCAGUUGUUUGGAUUUAGAAAUGUUGUGAAGUGAAUUAGACAAACAGAAACACAAAUAUUAUACAGUAUAUUUAAAAUGUGUUUCUAUUAUCAUAGUAAUUUUCACGUAAAAUCUUUAAAAAAAUAUGGGAAUUAUCUAAAAUGUAUAAUUUAAUUUUUUUUUAAUUUAAUCUGUUCAUUUAUAGUUUUAGUGUAAAACUUUAGUGCUCUAGUGAGUCUGAAGAGCAUCUUAAAUCUUAAAUCUUAAAGAUCAGAUUGAGGACAGUCAUGCUCGUGUCCACAGUGUCCCCUGUCCAUUAUCUCUCUCUCUCUGCUCAUCACUGUGGAUUCUUUUAUUUAUCUCUGCCGGGGAAAAAGCUACUUUAGCUGUAAAAAUAGUGAAAGCGCCUCGCAGCGUCUCUCUCUCUCUCAGAUCCUGGGUCUGGUGAUCUGGAUGUGUGAGUGAGGCUCUCGUGAGUCAGUUUGUUGAUUUUUCACCAUGAAAAAUCAGAUAUUCGUUCAUUUAUUUAAUAUAUUUUGCAUAAAAAAUACCAGGUGUGUGUUUGUUUAUGCUUGUUAUUGCUGUAAACCCAUCUGAGACUAAAAACCCACAGAUUUCUGUUUCCUGUCAGUCAAAGUGUUUCUGUAAUUAUUAAUUACCCGACAUGCUGUUUUGCUGAGUUGGACACAGUAAACAGAACUUCAGGAGAAAAUCAGGAGAUUGCUGCUUUGAAUCCCGGUCAUGCAGCUUGCCAUCAGCUGCCAAAGCCCCGAGAGAGCAUAAUUGACCUUGCUCUCUCUGGGUGGGUACAGUAGAUGGCGCUCUCUCUUUCCCCUCAUCACUCCUAGGGUGUGUGUGCUUGUCCAACUCAGCAACAGUAGUUUCUAACAGUAAUUUAUUUGCUUUUAUUUGCAUUUGUGGGCGGAGCCUGAAUCAAUCGGUCAAUUAUUUCUCCCUUAUAUAUUUAUAAAUAUAUUGAAUAAUUCUAAUAGCUAAAUGAUAAACUAGUAGCCCUUAUCUGAAGCGUGUGUUGAGUGUGUGUGUGUGUGUUUAAUCACAUGUUCAUGGUGUUGUGAGUGUAUCGUGUGAAUAAAGAGCUCUAAACCGGUAGGUAGUGGAGUCGACAUAAGCAAAAAUAAAUAAAGCAGUUAUAUAAUAUAUAUAUAUAUAUAUUGUGUCAGAACCGAGUAGGCCAGUCCGUGUAAUGCCAAAUGGAGCCGGCGCAUCCGAGCGAUGUGCGAGCCGCUGCACAGCGCAGCGUUUAGCAUUUAGCAUUACACCUGCAUGAAAUCGUGAGACAUCUAUAUUUAGAGAGCUGUAUCUAUAUAGUGGUUUUAUUUCUGCUCCCGCGCUUCGCCGGGGGGCAAUGGGCCAAUAAGUGCAAUAUUUUGAAACCCUGUCUCUUGUAUAUACUGUAGAUGUACUAUAAUACGGAUGUGUGAACUGAGUGUGUGUGUGUGUGUGUGUGAAUAUAAAUGCUUGAAUGCGUAAAAUGUGCUAAUUGAAUGAGAUAUUGAUGUGUGUGUGUGCGUGUGUGAGAGAGAUAUUAGUGUGUGUGUGUGUGUGUGUGUGUAUUAGUAAAGGUCAUGAACUGUGUGUUGUAAAUGGGCAAAAUGCUGUUUUUGCACAUUCAGCUCUGAUUAUGUUUAGCCCCGCCCCCUUUAGCCCCUCCUCCUCCUGUUAUAUUGAUACGUUAAUGAUGUAUUGAUUAUUUGUGCAAAAAAAGAAAAAAGAAAUAAGAAAUAAGACUAAAGUACUGUGUGGAGAGUAUGAGUAUGAAUAAGUGUGUGUAUGUGAGGCAGUGUGUGUGAGUGUAUGAGUGACUGUGUGUGUGUGUGUGUGUGUGUAUUUAAAUGAGAUUAAAACUAGCUUCAUGCCUGUAAAUACAA